CGCCGAGCCCCGGCUCGUCCCGCCCCGCCGGCGCAGGAGCCACCAUGGCGACCGAGCAGGACCGCGAGCGGGAGCUGCGCUUCUACCGACGGCUGCCCAAAGCGGAACUCCAUGCUCAUUUGAAUGGCUGUAUCAGUAUUGCUACUAUGAAGAAACUCAUGGCCCAGAAGCCAAACCUUCAGAUCCAGAAUGGAAUGACUGUGAUUGACAAAGGAAAGAAAAGAACCUUAGAUGAAUGUUUUCAGAUGUUUCAGAUCAUCUAUCAGGUUACCACGAGGACUGAAGAUAUUUUACUGAUAACUAAAGAUGUCAUUAAAGAAUUUGCUGAUGAUGGUGUUAAGUAUCUGGAACUGAGAAGCACUCCAAGAGAAGAAAAUUCCACAGGUAUGACCAAAAGGAUGUAUGUUGAAACUGUACUUGAGGGUAUUAAACAGUGUCAAGAAGAAGGCUUGGAUAUAGAAGUAAGGCUGUUAAUAGCAAUAAACAGAAGAGAUGGCCCAGCAGUUGCUAAGCAGACUGUUAAACUUGCUGAAGAGUUCCUGCUUUCCAGUGAUGGGGUUGUAGUAGGACUUGACCUCAGUGGUGAUCCCACUGCAGGACAUGGUCAAGAUUUUUUGGAACCGCUCUCUGAAGCAAAAAAAGCAGGUCUGAAGCUGGCACUGCAUCUUUGUGAGAUUCCAAAUCAAGAAGAGGAGACCAAGAUUCUCCUGGGCCUCCCUCCUGACAGAAUUGGACAUGGAACAUUUCUCAACUCCCCAGCAGCAGGUUCUGAAGAGAUAGUGUCACUGGUUCAGCAGAAUCAUAUACCUAUUGAAUUUUGCAUGACAUCAAACAUAAAAUCUCAGACAGUGCCUUCCUGUGACAAACACCAUUUUGGAUACUGGUACAACUUGGGCCAUCCUGCAGUGCUUUGUGUUAAUAAUUGUGGUCUCCAGCUGGUCAUCCAGACCUCGUCAAUACCAGAAAAAACCAAACCAUUUGAAUUCAGAAUAAAUAAAGAGCAGUCAUCUUUCCACAAUAGGCUUCUGCAGCAUGAUCUGGAAAAAAACUACUCAGGAAGACAAGAUAACAUGAAUUUUGGGAGCAGUUCAUCAAUAACAUUUCCUGUAUUGCAACGUACUGCUGAAGAGAAAAUUCUGAACUCAGACAGACUUACCCUGGAAAGGCAAAAACUGACAGUGUGCCCAAUUAUUGAUGGGGAAGAUCACCUUCGUCUUUUGAAUUUCCAGCAUAACUUUAUAACUCGUAUCCAAAAUAUUUCUAAUCUUCACCAUCUUGUUUUCUUAGAUUUAUACGAUAAUCAGAUUGAAGAGAUAAGUGGGGUUUCAACUUUGAGAUCCCUGAGAGUCCUUCUGUUGGGAAAGAACAGAAUAAAGAAAAUCUCAAAUCUGGAGAACCUAAAAAACCUUGAUGUUUUAGAUCUUCAUGGAAAUCAGAUUGCUAAAAUAGAAAACAUCGGUCAUUUAAGUGAACUGAGGGUGUUAAACCUUGCCAGAAACCUCCUCACUGUUGUAGAAAACCUGAAUGGACUGGAUUCGCUCACAGAGCUCAACCUCCGUCAUAAUCAAGUCUCUGCUAUAAAAGAUGUGGAUACUUUGCCCUGUCUCCAGCGUCUCUUCCUCAGCUUCAACAAUAUAUCUAGUUUUGAGGAUAUUCUGUGCCUUGCUGAUUCCUCAUCCUUGUCAGAUAUCACCCUUGAUGGCAAUCCAAUAGCUCAGGAGACAUGGUACAAACACACUGUUCUCCAUCAUAUGAUGCAGCUCCGACAGCUAGAUAUGAAGAGAAUCACAGAGGAAGAAAGACGUAUGGCAUCUAUUGCAGCAAGGAAAGAGGAAGAAAGGAAGCGUGAAAGCCAUAGACAGACCUUGCUUAAGGAGAAGAAGCGGUUAACGAUUGGUAACAUCGCUCGGCAGUGGGAGAUCCAGCAGAACCAAAUUGCUCUGGAGGCUUCUUUAAACAAAGAUAAAGAAAAUGAGCCCUACCAGAUCAAUGGCAGCGCUGCAUAUGUAUUUCCUGAAGAAAGCAGAUCUCUCGACACAAUCCUGAGCAGUGCAGUACAAGGCUUGUCUGUUCUGGAGUCUCAUUUAGUGGAGGUGGAAGGAGACACCCUUGGCUUGUAUGGUGCUGGGGCACUGGAGUGUCUGGAUCGAAACUGGAGUGUUCAAACUGCUGGCAUUAUUGCCACAGUCUCCUUUAUGUUCAUAGAAUUUGAUGAAAUUGUUCAAGUGUUGGCAAAACUGAAGACAAAAUUUCCUAAUUGUGUGCACCUGAAGUUUAAGGAGACAAAUCUUGUGACGCUGCAGCAGUUCAAUGCCUUGGCUGAGAUGCAUCGCAUGGAACAGUUGACAGUUGAUCCUCAGGGAAAUCCAGUUGUCAACUUCACUUUGUGGAAAUACUAUGUUCUCUUCAGACUGAACCAUUUUAAUCUGCAGAAGAUAAAUGGAGUGAAGGUUACUGAAAGUGACAUUGUACAGGCAGAAAGGCUCUUUGGCAUUCUGGCAUAUGUGGCAUCCUCGGAGCUGCCUCAUUACCGCAUGCUUUCAUUAUUUGGAGAAUCCAGGAGGAAGCAAUUCCAUUAUCUGCUGGAGGGAAAAGGAAAGAAAUCUGGAGUUGGGAGUGAGGAAAAUAGUGAUAACAGAAGUAGUGGAGGGGAAAGCACAGCUCGAGCAACGCUGAAUUACAUGACAAAAGAUUUUCAUAUGGAAAAGCUUGAGUGCAGCAAUUCCCACCUUGUCCUUUGCUGUAGCAUUGUGCAUGUGGCAGCAGGUACUGCAGGGUGUCACAAGAGUACAUUCUGGCCAAAAGGACUCCUUCCAGGUCCCCAGCAGCAGUAAACUAACAUCACAAAUGCGGCUGAAGAAGUGUAUUGCUAAAGAUGACAGUCUUGGGUCUUUGAUUAAUAAUUUGGGGUUUUAGCUGAAACUGCUGGAAAGCAUUUUGUCACCUUUAUUAGUCACUAAAAACUUUUGUUUUGGUGGCCUGAAGCAUGAUCUAACAUUUCUAACAAUGCUGCCAUUCAAACUAGUUAGAUAUUUAGCUCCAAUAUAACUUACUGUUGAAAGCUUAAGGCAUUUUAUAGAAAGUUUGCAGAAGCAGGGAUUAAUACAGUUUGAGUUAUUAAAAUGCAGAGCUAGUAGUUGCAUAAAGCAUAGUAUCUUUUUAUUAUUUUUAAAGGUUCAGCUUGCUUCAGUAUCUAAUGUAAUACACAUUAGGAACCACCACUUGCCAGUGACUGUGGAAAAGGAUGAGUACUGGCAGGUUUUUCUAUGACCAUGUUCUUGUUAGGGCAGGUAGAGAAAUAUCUACUUUUCAACUGUUGUACGAUAAGGAUGAAAUUCUGGGAAGGGAGAGAAGGAAAAGUAGUUUAGUGUUUUAUAAUUUCUGUAAAUUUUCACUGCUUUGCCAGAAAGCAACACAAAUUGUAAUGCUGUUAACAGAUAUUUAUAUAAUUACUUGAAAGUUAAUUUCAGAUAAAUUAAUUACUUAAUAUAGUAUGAAUAUUUUGAAUACAUUAAGGUGCUGUCACACUCAUUAAAGCCUGGACACAUACCCUGGGCCGUGCAAUUUAAAACCAGGGGGAGAAAGUACACAACAGCAUUUGCCAGCUAAUUGCUGUGUUCUUUAAUUCAUUCAAUUUUUGAGAGGGUUUUUGUGGAUUUGCUCUUGUUUAACCUUUUUUACUUUUUUUAAUACAUUGUGUAAUUUUUCUUUUCUGCAGGAAAUCAAAGAAAGAAAAACAUUUUGCCAGACAUACGUUGAGAGCUUAGUGAAAGAAGCAGCUGACAUCAAUAUGAAGAAUGAAUCCUUGCAGAAGCUCUGGCCUCAGCUGUUCAUUGAACUUGUCCGAGAUGCAGUGCUGGAAAUACGCAAUAAAAACUCCUACAUGAAA